UAUGUCUUACUUUCUCGAUCGCCAUUAAUCAAUCCCAUGAUCCAUUUUCUUCAUCGUCCUCCUAGUCGUCGUGAUGAAUCUGCGUAAAACUAAAAGCGCACUAAUUGUUAUUGUGAUGCUGAUUUUAUACAGAGAGAAUCCAUUAACAUCAGCUGUGAAUUUUGUUACAUCUUCUUCAGAAGUUGAUGAAUACUACCCAGAAGAAAGAGACGCGCUGUUGAAGCUGAGAGAUUCCGUAAGCUCGAACUCCAAUUUGCAUGGGAACUGGAGCGGUCCGCCGUGCAUCAACAACAGCAGCAGAUGGGCUGGUAUCGCUUGUUCAAAUGGGCACGUUGUUCACAUUGCCCUCCAAGGAAUCCAGCUGGCAGGUUCCCUUCCACCCGCAUUUCUACAUAACAUAACUUUGUUGAGCAAACUUACCCUUUCAAACAAUACUCUAUCCGGCCCUCUUCCAAAUCUCUCAAAUCUGGUUUACUUGGAAGAUGUGCUUCUGUCUUACAAUUACUUCUGGGGUUCAAUUCCUUUGGAGUAUACUGAAUUGCCUAACCUCAGAGUGCUUGAGUUGCAAGACAACUUUUUGGAUGGCAAAAUUCCACCUUUUGGCCAGCCCACGCUGAGAGGAUUCAAUGUUUCUUAUAAUCAUCUCGUGGGUCCAAUUCCUCAAACGGGUGUGCUGCAAAAAUUCCCAAUAAGCUCCUACUCUCAUAACUCAAAUCUUUGUGGAAUUCCAUUGGAGACACCAUGUCCACUAGUUCCACCUCCAUCUCCAUCUCCGGCCAUCAUUGCGCCAUCUCCUUCCUCAAAUAUUAUUCCACCCAAGAACAAGAACAAUCUCCAAGUGUGGAGUGUUGCUUUGAUUGCCACUGCAGCUGCGCUCGUUCCAUUUAUCGUCAUAUUUGUUUUCUUAUGUUAUUACGGGAAGAUGCAAACAAAAGAAGCGGCAAAGGAGGAACAGGCAGGAGAUGGUUCGUCAGGGUGGGUAGAAAAGAAAAUGCCACAUUUGGAGAGGUUGGGGGAUCCUGAAAAGAGGGUUGAGUUAGAUUUUUUUGACAAGGAGAUGCCAGCAGCUUUUGACCUGGAUGAUUUACUAAGGGCAUCUGCACAAGUGUUAGGCAAGGGGAAACUUGGCUCUACAUACAAGGUAGCACUGGAAUCGGGUCUUGUUGUCAUCGUGAAGAGACUUAAAAACAUGAAUGAGUUGAGCAAAAAGGAAUUUACCCAGCAGAUGCAAUUGCUAGGAAAUAUGAGGCAUGAAAACCUUGUACGGAUUCUCUCUUUUUACUUUUCCAAGGAGGAGAAGCUGGUCAUCUCUAAGUUCGUCUCUGGCGGCCGCACUUUGUUUCAACUCUUACAUGAGGACAGAGGAGUAGGAAGAGUAGCUUUGGAUUGGGCAACAAGACUGUCGAUAAUCAAAGACAUAGCACAGGGUCUCACAUUCCUUCACCAAUCCUUGCCUUCCCAAAAGGUCCCUCAUGCCAACCUCAAUUCGUCUAAUGUACUCGUCAUCCAACGAAGAAACAGCCAAAUCUAUGAUUUGAAGCUUACAGAUUUUGGAUUCUUACCACUCCUGCCCUCGCGAAAGUCCUCCGAGGAUUUAGCCAUCAGCAAGUCACCAGAGUUUGCUCAAGGGAAGAAGUUGUCUCAGAAAGCCGAUGUCUAUUGCUUUGGUAUAAUCCUACUGGAGGUUGUUACUGGAAGGAUCCCGGGUGAAGUUUCUCCGGGAAAUGAUGAAAUCUUUGAUGAUCUUUCCGAUUGGGUUAGAAUGGUGGUGAACAAUGAUUGGUCUACUGAUAUUCUGGAUGUAGAGAUACUGGCGGCAAAGGAUGACCACGAUGACAUGUUGAAGCUGACACAGAUUGCGCUAGACUGUACAGACAUGACACCAGAGAAGAGGCCUAAGAUGGUCCAAGUAUUGAAAAGAAUACAAGAGAUUAAUUCACUCAAGAUCCAAGAAAUGACAUACAGAGAAUAAUGAAUGUAUUAUUUGAUUUUCAUAGCUAUUACUAUUCCAAUCUUAAUGAUUUUGAAAGAGUUAUGCUCUGCUGCAUCAAGUGUGUUCCAUCCAAAUGUGUAACAACUACAACAAACCACAACAUAAAUGAAUCGAGUCCUGUACACUACACUAGCUAGUUAAGGCGGGAAAGUUUGAGCUUUUCGAUUAUUUAUUCGUACCUUUAAUGGUUUCAAUUCUAGCA